AUGGGAGACUGGAAUUUCCUCGGAGGCAUUUUAGAGGAGGUCCACAUUCAUUCCACUAUAAUUGGAAAGAUUUGGCUAACGAUCCUCUUCAUAUUUCGAAUGCUUGUCCUCGGAGUGGCAACCGAGGAUGUUUGGAACGACGAACAAUCGGAAUUUAUAUGCAAUACCGAGCAACCUGGUUGCAGAAACGUCUGUUACGAUGAGGCCUUUCCCAUCUCUCUCAUAAGAUACUGGGUCUUGCAAGUUAUAUUUGUGUCUUCCCCUUCCUUGGUGUAUAUGGGUCAUGCCUUAUACAGACUAAGAGCCUUGGAAAAAGAGAGGCAAAAAAAGAAAGCUCAGGUAAGAGUGGAACUCGAAAGCACUGAAUUAGAAAUGACUGAGGAUCGGAAAAGGCUGGAGAGAGAACUCCGGCAAUUGGAUCAAAGAAAGCUAAACAAAGCGCCCCUGAGAGGCUCUUUGCUCUGCACUUACGUGAUACAUAUUUUCACAAGAUCUGCGGUGGAAGUCGGUUUUAUGAUUGGGCAGUACCUUCUUUAUGGCUUUCAUCUAGAUCCCCUUUAUAAAUGUCAGAGAGAUCCAUGUCCAAACACAGUUGACUGCUUUGUAUCCAGACCAACGGAAAAGACGGUGUUCAUAUUAUUCAUGCAAUCGAUAGCGACUGUGUCAUUGCUUUUAAAUAUCCUAGAAAUUAUCCACCUAGGAUUCCGAAAAAUUAAAAUGGGACUCUGCGGGCAGAAUAAAAAUAAGGAUGACCCUGACAAUUUCUACAUAAACAAACCUAAGAAAUACUCUGUGAUACCGCACUCUUCUUUGGGAAUAUCCACCACCCCUCAAAAAUCUCUUCCUUCUGCACUGAGCGGUUAUACCUUUUUAAUGGAAAAGCAAACUGACACCGCCGCCUACCCGGUUCUAAAUCCUCCUCCCAUGUUUCAGUCUGUGCAAAAUAACCGUACCGAAAGCAGCGGCAAUUACACCCAUCACAAUCGGGAAAAUAAAUCGCCAAAGAAGAGGCCGGCUACAAAUGCUUUAGUCAAUCAGAGUCAAAACGCUAGCGCAAAUAACAAGGAAAGCUUGCUUGGCAAGCUUGGGACUGAAGCGCACGAUGCUCAAAAAGAAGCGGAAAAGAAACGUUUCCUUGUUGGUACUCAGAAUGCAGAUACAGCUUCGAGCACGUGCUUGAGAAGCUUUGCCGAAAUGCCACCUCAAGCUUCGCUGCAAGCCGAUACGACCUUUCCUAUUACCGGUUUCAGAAGACAACACGGAAUCGGUUCGUCUUGGAACUGCUCGGCAACGGUCGAGAGUGCAGGGGCUUCAACAAGUUCUCUUCCAAAGAACAGCAACAGAAGACAAAGCAGUUUCAGCGCAAACAAAGUCCAACUUCCUUACGAUGCUGACGUGAAAAAUUCUAGCCGACCAGACACUCCUGACUCUACAGGGGAGGUGAGCUCAGAAUCUAAACGAAGCGGAAACUGCGAUAGUCCCAAGCCUUUCUCUCUGUCUAGGCGACUGUCGCUGUCAAGUAAUGCCAGCAGCAGGCGUGCCCCCACCGACCUUCAAAUAUAG